GCCCGCCUAACGAUUCUUAUGAUUGCAGAAAUGGCAGAAGAGGACGAGGACAACCUUCGAGGGCCAUCCUUGACAGAAGAUCACGACCCAGAAGAGGAAAUUCAAGACUUUAGAUUUCUUCUCGCUCAAUCGCAAAAGUUGCCCUCCAGAGGUGUAAAAGAUUUUGAGCCUCAUGGCACAAACCUCCAGCAGUCGACUCUCGAAGCAAGUCGAGAGGCUAUGCACAUUGCUCUAUCACAUAAACGGUUCCACGGACCUGACAAAUCAAGAGCAGUCUACGAUCCUGACGGCAAUGGUGCAUGGGUUUUUAAUCCCAUGGGCGUAUGGACGAAGAGCGUAGGAAGAAUGAUACCCGUGCCAGGCAGAGUGACAAAUUUACCGCCAGACGCAGAAGGCAAAAUAAGAGAGCAGAAGCUCAUGAGGAUGUGGUUGCUUCCCGAAGAGGCACUGUGGCUCGUCGAGAGAGGAUCAUUGGACAUGAGGUACCCUGCCGAGGCAGGGCAAGAGGAGGAUGAGGGCUUACCUAUGAGCUUACAAGGUGCUUAUGCGGCUUUCAUUGGGAAGGAAAGUGAGGGUGGAUUGACGUUGGAGCAAUUCAUUGUCUAUCAAUAUUUGAAGAGAUGCGGAUACAAUGUGUAUCGGGCACGGUACAACCUGCAUAAUAUUCCAAGGCCUGCGAGCAGUGCCAUGACGGCACAAGGCAUGACGCCAAGUAAUUCGACUACCUGUGGAUUCUGGCAGUGGCUAACUGGUACAUCAACAUCAAGUGGAAAUAACGGAGCGAAACUUGGGCCACUUGUCAAACCGGGCCUCUAUAGGAGCUACAACGACAUCUUCCAACAGCUCUCUCUCAUUCCAUUCCAUGAUCCAAAAUUGCAGGCAGCCGCCCAGCCGCCCGAUACAGAGCGUUCGGAUCUUGCAAUUACAUGGCACGUCUACAAGACCGAUCCGAAGUUCAAAAAGUCCGCACCAGGUCCACCUGACUUCUAUAUCAUAGUUCUUCCUGCACGAGAUACAUUCGUUCCCACGGAUGCAGAGCUCGACGCUCUGCUUCUUCAGUCCCCGUACCAUCCCCCCCAGCCGCAAGAUGGAUUGAACAUGAAGUUGAAGAGAGGCUAUAGAAAUGUUAUUAUCGCGAUUGUGGAUUCUGGGGUGCUUAGCUUUAUCGAUGUAAGCGACGCGGGCUUUGGCUGCGAGAAGCUAUGGGAUCGUGAGCCAACGAAAGGUGGAAAGAGUGGCGGCUCCGGGAAACGAGGCCGUGGACGUCACCGAGGUGCUAAGACUUGAAUAAUUGUGAUACCCCAAGAGCAUGACACGUGCUUCUAAUGAUACAUUCUAC